UCGCCACUCUCUCGCCGCACAUGUCCUAUCUCGUUCCUCUCAUCAGUCAUCAGUUGAUACUUGAUUCUGUGUUUUGUGUACAUAACAUUCUUAUCAUUUCAGUUUUGUUUUGAAACUGGCUAAUAUUAUAAAUUAUAAUGAUCGUCAGAUGCAUUAAACGGCUUCAAACACGUAACGUGUGUUGCGAUAAUUAAAAUUUAACAUUAUAUAGUUAUAGACGUAAUGGUCUUAUGAAGUUUUUUGUAUUGGGUAUUUUUUUUUUUGUUUGGUAUAUUGUAUACACAAAAUGGUUUUUCUAUAAGGUACUUGGGAACCUGAAUUCUAAUGAUUUAUAACUUAAAGUGCAUUUUAUGUUGCACUAUUUUAAACCAAUGACUGUUUGUCUAUUUGGAAUAACUAUUAAAGAUACAAUUAACAAAACAACAACAUGAAACUAUAUAAAGUUGAAUAUUUAAGCUCUUGUACAGUCAACAAACGUCUUACAAACCCAAUGAUCCCGUGGAUUAUUGCAGAGAUCAAGAAAAAUAAUUAUCACAAAAAAGUAAAAAUUGGAAUAGAAGAUGUCAGUCUUGUGAUUUAUGAAAAUUGGGAUUGUAAGAACAAAUUAUUUUUUCAACAUGAGUUAAAGUUCAUAACCAGAUUAGCAUUUUUAAACAGCGAUGUUGCUACAUUCUUUUAUGCAGUCAGAGAUAUGACAGAUGAAAACAAUGUACAUUGUCAUGUUUACAAUACAACUCAACCAGAUGAAGUAAUGGAAUUAUUUUCCACAAUGAAGGAAAAUUCACAUAAAUCAUUACAAAGUAUUGGACGUUCUUUAAGUAAUGCACAAACAUUAACUUCAUUGUGUGCUGAUAUAUCUCCAAACUCGUCUCAUUUUUUUGAGGUGUUAUAUGUUGGUAAAAUUAGAGUGUCACAAAAAAAAGUUCCAAAUUCGUUUAUUGAUGAUGCAUUAGAAAAAUUUCGUUUACACGAAUUGGAAAAAAGUAAAAAGUCAAAUAGUACUAAUACUUCAAGACGAGGAUCCCAAAUAAAUUCUUCAGAUCAAAACACAACCUAUCUUUCAGAUCCAAGACGUGGAUCAAUGAUAGUUUUAUCGCCUGGAAUUGAAAACCAAGGUUAUUCAUUUGGAGCUGAAAAACAAACUAAAGAAUUAGAGAUUACAAGAACAAGAUCUGGAUCUAUAAAUUAUCCAAUUAAGAACCUGGAGACCAAUGGACAAAACACUAAUAUAGCCGAAGAAAUUAACAGAACAAUGGUUUUUCAAAUUGGUCGAACCGACUUACGAUUAAUAAGCCCAGAUCGCAAACAAAUACUUUUGCAUAAACAAUUAAAAGAUAUAAUUAACUGCGUGCAGGGUUCUAGAAAUCAAUUACACUUUGGUUUUACUUGUAGAGAUUCUUCAUCAAGUGAAAGUUGUAUUGGAUAUAUUUUUAAAUGUGAAUCAGAGUCUGUUGCAAUUGAAUUAGUCACAGCAAUUAAUUUGGCCAUCAAUAACACUAAUGAAGCAUUGAAGAAAGAAAAGCAAGUAAUAGUAUCUUGUGAACAUUGUCCUAUGGUGUGGUUUCAUAAAUUAUGUUCUGACAUUGAAAAUCUUAAUGAGCACAAAAUUCAAACUGUAAUAUUUAAACAGUUAGAAACCUUACCGGAAGAUGAUCAAGAAAUUGUACUGACAAAGUUACAUGGUUUAGAAACAUUAAGUAAAAUAAGUCUUAAAGAACAAAAUGAACUACUUAUAAUGUUGUUAAGAACACACUGUGAAAGCAAACAGAUGAGACAUGUUCAUGAUUCAGCUGAAAAUAGACAUGAAUUUUUAAAUCAAUAUCUUGGCGGAAGUACAAUUUUCAUGAAAGCUAAACGUUCACUAACCAGUUCUUUUGAUCAACUAAUGAAAAGGAGAAGUUCAAAAGAUGAUGUUGGCCUAAUAGCUACUGUUAAAGAAAAUUCUUUGCCAAAUAAUAUUGCAUUUUAUAAAGAACCUUCUCCGAAAUCUGAUUCAAGUUCACGAUUACUAGUACAACAAUCAAUAUCUAAUAGUAAAGCACAUCCUAAUAAAUCAGAAGUUUAUUUAGCUGAAACUAAAUCUCACAGCAGCCCAGCGUCUAUGAUGAAUAUGUUUUUGAAAGUUGGUCAAUCCCCAAAAUCUUCUAUGAUUUCAACUUCGGAUAAUGAUUCUGAUGAACAAAAUGAUCUGAACCCGGGAAGUUGGCGUCAAGCAAUUUUCAAAAAUGUUGUCACUCCUAACAAACAAACGAAAGAUACUGAGAAUGUUAAAAAGAAAUUAGAUGCUGACGAUUUAAGAGCUUUGUGGAAAAAAGCAAUUAAUCAACAAGUAUUAUUAAUUCGAAUGGAAAAAGAAAAUGCAAAAUUAAAAGAAAGGCAAGAAGAAGCGACAGUAAAAAGAAUAAAACUGGAGUAUGAUGAUAUUGGUUCAUCUGCUCGAGAAUAUUUGGGUGUGUGGGAAACAAUAGUUAAUAAAGAGAAUCGUAAAUUUGAUGCAAAAAUGUUGCGUCAAGCUAUAAGACAGGGAGUUCCAAGAAGUAAAAGAGGAGAUGUUUGGAUAUUUUUUGCUGAAUUGUAUUGUAACACAACUGCACCUUCUCCUAUUGAUCUGGAAAAGUUUCCAAAUUUUAAUGUACCAUAUGAACAAUUAUUAAAACAAUUAACUAAGUAUCAACAUGCUAUCCUUAUCGAUUUAGGAAGAACAUUUCCAAACCACACUUAUUUUAUGUCACCUUUUGGUCCUGGGCAACUAGCUUUGUACAAUUUGCUCAAAGCAUAUUCUUUAUUAGAUCCAGAAGUUGGGUAUUGUCAAGGACUUUGUUUUGUAGCUGGUGUCUUACUAUUACACAUGUCUGAAGAACAAGCCUUUAUGAUGCUAAAACAUUUAAUGUUUAGACGUUCGUUAAGAAAACAAUAUCUUCCUGAUAUGGCAGCUUUGCAAGUUCAACUCUACCAAUUAUCUAGACUUCUUCAUGAUCACCACCCUGACCUUUAUGCACAUUUCGACAAUUGUGAUAUUCCUCCAACAUUAUAUGCUGCACCUUGGUUCUUGACAAUGUUUGCUUCUCAGUUUCCAUUAGGAUUUGUUGCUCGCAUAUUUGAUAUAUUAUUCUUUGAAAAUAUUGAUGUUCUGUUUCGUAUCAUAUUAUCAUUGUUGACAUAUCACAAGGAUAAUCUGCUUGCAUGUGAUGGAAUGGAACAAAUAAUGAACUUUAUUAAAAAUGAUUUCCCUGUUGUAAAUAAUGAAAUCAUCGACAAAAUUAUUAAACAAGUAUUUACAACUGAUUUAUCAAAACAAUUAAUGGAAUAUGGAGUCGAGUAUCAUGUAUUGCAAGAAGAAUUAUCUUCACCCAAUCCUGAAAUUAAAAAAAUUAAACAUUUAGAGGAAAUGAAUAAGGCUUUAAUGCAACAAAAUAAAAUUCUACAUGAACAACUUGAGAUAUCAAUAACAAAUAAUGGACGUUUGGAGAUGAACAGAUCUUCUAAUCUUUCAGCAAUUAACCGGUUAGAAAGCGAAGUUAAAAGUCUUGAGCUUACCGUGGCAACCUUGGGAAAUUUUGUAUCUGAAUUAGCGUAUGCUCAUUCAGCCAUAGAGAUACCACCUGAUGUAUUAGGUUUGAUUUCUCAAAUAAAUAUGUGCCGAAAUCGGCGAAAUGAUAAUAAGCAAACAAACAUUAACAAUUUGUUCAGUAAGCCUCAGUUAGAGAUACCAUUUAGAAUAAAACCUAUAUUAGAAAAAUCUUUAUCAGACUCCAAAAACAUAUUGAAAAAAUCAAUAAAAGAAGAAAUAAAUCAAGAAGAGGUGAAAAAGAAAAAUUGUUUAAAAAGCUCAAAGAGUAACUAUGAAUUAUUUAGUAAUGAAAGUAAUUUAAAUAAUAAUGGGUUGCAUCCACUGGACUGCGAAGACGUGAAUGUAUGUUAUUCUGGAACUACAAAAUUGCGAACGAUUAAACCAAUUCGUAGCAAUAGUGAUGGUCAUUUUAUUUUACCAAACAUUGUUGCAAUAGAUGUAGAUGAUUCACUAUGUAAGCGAGAUAAAAAUGAAAAUAUUGAACUAAAUACUUCUACCGUUAAUGGAAAUUAAAAAUUUCUCAUCCUUCAUUUGUAUACUUUUGUGUACAACUUUAUUCUAACUAAAAUGUACCUAUUGUCUAUUUAUUUAAUAUAUUUAUACUUAUUUAUUUUGUGAUAAUUUAUAUUAGUAUUUUUCUCAAUUAAAUAUAAAGUGUUGUGUUUAAAUAGUUAUGUAUGUUGUAAAUACUAUAUAUGUAUAUUGCCUGUAUGUUAUCAAACCAAAUUUAAUUUAAUUAAGAUACAUUGUACAACCAUUUUUUUUAACAAUUAGAUAGUAAAGAGAAAUUAUUUCCAUUAUGUUAUUUAUGGAAAAUGUUAAAUUCUUAUAAUUUAUAUUGAAUUUGCAGAUACAUUUAUUUUAUUUUAUAUAAACAAUUUUAUUACUACUGA